UGUCACAGGGGGAAGCAACAGAGAAAAAAAAUUUCUAUCAUUUACUCAACAUAACUUGGAUGACUUGAGCAACAGAGAUCUUAUCCGUCCUGACAUGCUGAAGAAAGAUCUUGACCAGCUUCCUCACACAGCCCGAAUGGAGGCCUUUACCUUCCAUAGGCGACCAUUAACACGUUCCUGCAGUCUCGGAGAAACAGUUCAGACUUCUGCUUUCCAUACAUCAACACAGACCACAGAUCUGUGCAAGGAAAGAAAAGGAUUGCUUCAGCAAAGGCGCAUAACCGUUGCUUCAUAUGAGCCUCAUUCAGCGGAUAAGAAUGGAAACUUCGCUAACAAGGAUUUAUGCAAGCAAGAGGCCAAAUCUCUCAGUGAGCUGAGCAUAGAAGAAGUCUGCCAGUGGUUUACCAGUAUUGGACUGCAAAAAUGUCUCCCUUUAAUCAGAGAAGCUAAACUAUGUGGAUCAGACAUAGCCUCAGUAGAUGCCAACACACUGGACAUCCUCCACAUCAGCUCACUGGAGGACAAAGAGCAAUUACUAUCGGCUAUCUAUAAUGCUCUCCACCCUCCCAGCACCAUCACUCAGACUCUUGACUCUUUGCCUGAGACUUUAGAGCCAAGUAAGAUAGAAACGUUCACUACAGAUUUGGCAUCCAUGAGCAGGUCCACAUCCUCUCCCCAUAUAAGCUGCCUGAGUAUGAAUCGGCGUUCUUUUAAGUUCAGGAACAGGAGCCAAAACUUCAUGGCAUCAAGGAGUUCUCAGAUGAUAGAGAUCACAAUUAACGCAUCAGAACGGAUAGUCCAUCUCAGGACUCCAAAGGAAACAACAGUGGGAAAAAUCAUGGAUUCAUGCAUGAAAAUGCUUGGAUUGAUGGACAAUAAGACUCUAUUCACACUGAAAGAGAAGCAAGAUGCCCUUGAGGAGCUGUCCCUGGAUCAGCAGAUAGGAACUUUAUUGAAGACACCAUUAGAGAAGGGGCAGCUGGAGCUGCAUCUGUGUAAAGCGGAAAAACAAAUUAAUUUUGCAUCAGAACCUAAUCAGAAUGUGAACGGUGAAAAAGACAACAUCAACAAAAAUGCCCAGGUGAACCAACCAGGUAAAGAGGAGAGGAUCCGGGAGCUAAACCAGCAGGUGGAAUCCCUGCAGAAUGUCAUCCUUCAGGUCCAGGAGCUUCACCAUGGCCUGGUAGCGUUUUGCUCAGAGAUAAAGAACAUGGACCCAGAAGUGAAUGUGGACAGGCUGAGUUCUGAUGAGCUGAAACAGAGACUGGAGAUGGUAAACAGCCAACUGGAGGAGAAGAGGCAGAGGCUGCAGAUCCUCAGAGACUGCAUUAACAACUCAGCUGCUCAUAAAAGCAAACAGUUGGAGGUUCAUCUGCUGGAAAAGAUUAAGCUGAACUGCCAAGUGUUUAAGGAAGAAAUUACCAUUGUACAUCUCAAUCGACAAGCUACUCAUCUCCUAAAUGCCUGGCAAGGAAGCUCCAUGAAGGAGAAAGCUCAAAAACAGACUUCAGCUUUAGGCAGCUUGAGCCAGCUUGUGACGCCUCAGUCUCCAGCCAUGCUGAUGGUCGUGCAAGAGAAGCAGCUUCCUGAUGGGCAUUAUGGCUUCAUGUGCUGCCACAGAGACGACCGAGGACUGGUGGUGGUGAAGGUGGACAACUCCCAGCUGGUUGUGGGGGACAGACUUGUGGAAGUGAAUGGGAUGUCGGUGGUCAGCGCCACCCUGGAAGAGCUGAACGAUCUGCUGCGUCUCGGACCGUGUGUCCAGAUUGUUGUUCUUCGUCAGCCUCCACCUACUCUGGUCUCUACUUGUCUCAAGCAACCGGUCAUAAGUCCAGAUCAUGUCCAAACACCCUGGCCUCAAAGGGAUGAAGUAAUUACAGAAACCGCACCACAGAGAAAGAUGAUGACCAUCUAACAGUAGGCUUACAGAGCAUUGGAAAAGUAGUCAUUCCACUUGAACAUCUCUACAUCCUGUCAUGCUAGAACCACAAAUCCUUGAUGUAUUUUAUUGGGUUUUUAUAUGAUUGGCCAAAAAGAAGUAUAUUAUGAAGUAGAAGAAAAAGGAUGAAGGAUUUCCAAAAUAUUUCACGAGCAAAAAUCUGCAUAGGGUGUUUGAUAUUUUUGUUCUCCCCUCUUUAAAAGAGGGGAGCAUGUAGCAUGUAGACUGGGCCAGCCAAAGCCUUUUGGGGCCUUAAGCAGAUUUUAAUUCAGGGCCCACCAUUGCAACAUGUUAAAAUCAGAUACUUUAUCAUUCCUAGGCUACAGUAUUUGUGUAACAUACUUACUACUAUUAGCGUAAUUUGUAAAUAGCUUACAUCAUACCAGCGUUAUUAUGGCUAUUGAUUCUAACUUUGCAAGAGUAGCAAACAAGUAAAGUUACUCUAAUUGAAAUACAGAGGGGUAUGCAAGUGUGGCAUAUUAAUUUAACUAUUUGAAAGUAACAUCUGCAGAUAAACACCAAAUUCACAGUAAAACAAAUUAGCAAGUUUAAUAUGUUUUGAUUUGAAAAUUUUGUCAGGUGUGUAAAAUGUGCCAAAAGUGCAAUCUGUCACUACAAAACAAAAUCAAAUGAUGUGCUUGAGGGCCUAGUGGUGUUGCGGCCCUAAAGAGCUGCUUAAUUUGCAUUUGCCUUUGAACGGCUCUGAAUGAAUAGGUCAAAGUAUAUUUGUGAGUUAGAAUGGUCUAGUCAAAGCCAAGAUUUAAACCCAACUAAGAAUCUGUGACUAGAAUUGCAAAUUGAUGUUUUCAUCCAGUCUGGUUGAGGUUCUACUAUUUUCCAAAGAAGAAAUCUCUGUUUUUGCUUGGCUUAUCAUU